AAGGGAUUGGCUUGUGUGAUCUGAGCUUGGAAGGCAGAUGAAAUGCCAGGUCUGCUCUGCCUCUGGGGAUAACCAGGCUGCCUUAUAAUGGGAACCAACACUCGCUCAGCUCAGGGGCAAUAACAUCCAAUUCAGCAGCAGGAAAAACACAGGGCUCCACCUUAUUUUUUUUUUCUAUCUGCUGCUCUGGUGGGGUCUGGUUGCUCUGUGGUCUACCUUCAUGUGGAGAAAGAGACUGCUGGUGGGCUCUGUCACUCAUCAUCCAACCCCUCUGGAACAGGUUGAUCCUUUGCUGUUCCUGUCGAUUUUGCGCCGAAGAGCUGCUUUUUGGAAUCCCACUCCUCCAUGUAUGAUAACUUGUACCUACAUGGAUUUGAAGACUCGGAGGCGGGCUCAGCUGAUUCUUACACAAGCCGACCAUCUGACUCAGAUGUGUCCCUGGAGGAGGAGAAGGAGGGCGGCCGGCAGGAGAGGGAGCAGCAGGCCACUGUCCAGCUCGAGAGGGCAAAGACUAAAGCAGUGGCAUUUGCUGUGAGGACCAAUGUCAGCUACUGUGGUGCUCUGGAUGAGGACGUUCCUGUGGCAGGCACCGCCAUCUCCUUUGACGCUAAGGACUUCCUCCACAUCAAGGAGAAGUUCAACAAUGACUGGUGGAUUGGCCGUCUGGUAAAAGAAGGCUGUGACAUCGGCUUCAUCCCGAGUCCUCUGAAGUUGGAAAACAUCCGACUCCAUCAGGAACAGAAGAGAGGACGCUUCCACGGCAGUAAGUCUAGUGGGAAUUCCUCCUCCAGUCUGGGAGAAAUGGUGUCGGGCACAUUCAAGCCGAACCCCAACUCUGCAGGAAAGCAGAAACAGAAAGUGGCUGAGCACGUCCCUCCGUAUGACGUGGUUCCCUCCAUGAGGCCGGUUGUCCUGGUGGGACCAUCCCUGAAAGGUUACGAGGUGACAGAUAUGAUGCAGAAGGCGCUGUUUGACUUUCUGAAGCACAGGUUUGAUGGGAGGAUAUCCAUCACAAGGGUAACAGCUGACAUAUCAUUGGCCAAGAGGUCAGUACUAAACAACCCCAGUAAGAGGGCCAUCAUUGAGAGAUCCAACACCCGCUCCAGCCUGGCGGAGGUCCAGAGUGAGAUAGAGAGGAUCUUUGAGCUGGCCAGGUCUCUACAGCUGGUAGUAUUGGAUGCAGACACUAUUAACCAUCCAGCACAGCUCAUCAAGACCUCAUUAGCACCCAUUAUCGUCCAUGUUAAAGUGUCCUCACCUAAGGUCCUCCAGCGGCUCAUUAAAUCAAGAGGGAAAUCUCAAAGCAAACACCUGAAUGUGCAGCUUGUUGCAGCAGAAAAACUAGCACAGUGUCCUUCUGAGAUGUUUGAUAUUAUUCUGGACGAGAACCAGCUGGAAGAUGCGUGUGAACACCUGGCAGAGUACCUGGAGGCAUAUUGGCGUGCUACACAUACUUCACUGAGCACGCCACUCAAUCCUUUGUUGGGACGCAACCUGGGCUCCACUGCGCUCUCCCCGUAUCCGGCUGCCAUUCAGGCCCAAAGAAACCGCAACAGCAACCACACAACAGACCAUUCACCUGUUGAGCGCCGCAGCCUGAUGCCCGCUGACGAGAACUACCACAACGAACGGGCGAGAAAAAAUCGCAACCGUCUGUCCUCGGGUUCACAGCACAGCCGUGACCACUCGCCUCUGGUGGAGGAGGACUACCAGGACCCCUACCAGGAUUCUUACAAGCCUCAUCGUAACCGAGGAUCCCCAGGGGGUUACAGCCAGGACUCUAGGCACCGGCUUUGAGCUGUGGCCUGCCUGUAAACAAAAUAUAGGCCUUUCUUCUCUAAACAACCACCAAAAGAGACAAAUAAGUUGAGGCGGCUUUGCUGUAACAUGAUGAAACUACUACACUCAUUUGGACUGUAACAACUUCGUAUUGAUGUGUAGUAACUCAUUUUACCUUUGGCCUCGACUCCUGCCAAAUGAGCAUUUGAACCUAAAAAAAAUUAUAAUAAGAAUCCUGCUCCUGCUUUGAUGUGAACAAGGGAAGGGACUGUAUAUGAAAGUAGCACAAGAGCAGAAAAGUUGUGUUUUAAAGGGACGGCUAAUGCUGGACCUGAUCUGAAUAUGCCCCAGAUGUGGCUUGUGAGUGAAGUACACUAGCAGGUGAUAGUGUGUGACGUAGGCUCUUCUGGACCCUCCCCGCCAUCUCAGCUGUUACUGUAGCAUGCAGGUAGGACUGUCAUUACAGGUCACUACCUGCCACAAGCCAGUGUGAGACAGCAAGAGCACCCAGCGGUGAUGAUCAGCACAGAACCCGAUUGCACGUGUCCAGGAGCUGGUAGAAGCAGAGUAUAAUGCAUCUUUAAUGCUCCUCAGUUUUUGUUUGCCACUGUCCUCGAUGUCGGUGUACUAAACCCUGUGGAAGCCUGUUUUCGAAUCCAGAGUUUUACACGUUUGUUUUUAAAGUAACAUGGAUGGUGUUGUGGUGUUCUCUUCAGGAUUCAUACAGUAGCUCCCUGUAUUCCCCCUCUUUGUUAUAUCUCAAUGCCAUUUUUUGUCAUUAACCAUAUCAAGAGAGGAAAUAUAAAAACCACGCAGAUACUAAAACAUUUUAAAGCUUCAGAUCUCAGGAAUGAGAGGUCAUUUAGACCUAGAAGUGUGCUGACAGAUGUAGCGUUCAUGUUCUUACCCAUCUGAUGGGGAUUUGAUUCUGAGCAUUAUGUUAAAUCGUUAAGAGAUUGUAUGAUGUAGUUGUUACAAAAAAAGUUAUUAAUAUAAGGAAGGAACACUUCCGGGACAGGAGUCAUUAUGCUCAUGUCAGCAUGUUUUUCAUUUGUCAUGCCUUUGUCAACUGCUGUUGUCUGUCGUGUCUGGCAGGACAUCAAUUGGAAAUGAUAUAAUUGGAUUUUAGUGAGUGACCUACAUUGAGGGCUUCCAUGUGUAAAUACAGUCAAAAUAAUUCAAGAAAGGAAACCUCAAUUUAUUUAAAGUUUCACUUUCAGUACAUUCAGUUACAUUCCAUUCAUUUCUUCUUUUAAAACCUUGCAUACGCCUUCCAACAUCUGAUAAAAAAAGAUAGAUGUUCUCCAUCUUAUUUUAUUAUUAAAGGUUCCAUAAAAUAAAAUAACAUUUUGACAUAUUUUCAUUGAGUAGCAAUUUAGGUCCUUUUCUUCACAUUUUCAGCUAUAGCUUUUUUACUGUAUUACAUUUGCGUUUCAUUAAAGACUCCUUGUAAGUGAGGAACUAUCUGAAAGCACUUGGGCAGAACUGUGCUGUAUUUGUCACAAUGUCUUUCACAUGCUACGUUCAUGGAAAUGUAGAGACGUUCCCUGCAUUUGUUUUUUAAUCAGAUGAAUUCACGUGUAUGCUGCCAGAAAUGCAAGAUUCAUAUCUUUAAUGACAUAUCAUUGUAUCUUGUUAUUUAAUAUUUGUUGAAAAUCUCAAGUUUAGUUUUUUUUUUAUUUUAAUCAUAGGCCAGAGAUCUCAUUGUGCUUCAGUGAUUCUGGGAAAGGAAGAUUGACAAGGAGACUUCUGUUCUUAUCUGCCAUAUACAGUAGCUUUUAUUGGUGUUGUUUCAAAACUCUGGAGCAACAAUUUAACAGAUUUGAAUACUGCCUGUGAGAGAAUGAUGCAUUGAUUAGAAAUUUGUGUGCACUGUAAUUCUACAAUUGUAAUGAAUUAAACUGCCCUUAUGCUGUUGUA